AGGCUGUGUUGUGCGUCAUAAUGGCGAGUUGAAAAAGAAACGCGCAGUCGAUUAAAAAUGCGCGUGAAUAGUUUGAUCGCUUUUGUGACGCUCUCAUCGUGCCUUGUUUGCAUAUCGCACGGUUUUGAUGUUGAGCUGAGGGCUUUGGACGAAGGACCAAUCAAGGAAUAUGUUACUCUGAACGGCGGAGAAAGGUCAGCCAUCGUUUUGGCUGCCAACAGUUUGGAUGCCCAAGUUGACUUCCUCGUUUUGCAAGCUCACUCGCAAAUCAUGCCGGUCAGACUGUCUCAGGAUGCAUUUGGCAACGGGACGAAUGCAGUGACUGGCAACAAUGUGGGCAUUGCCAUUCCCGUUGGAUCCCUGAUCAAUGUGCAAAAUGGCACGGUUAUUGGUUAUGUGAUGAAUGGCCACGUGGCUCCCAUUAGAGUCCUAGUGGCUGUGGUUGGAUAUUCAGCUGAUGAUCCGAUUCCCGGUGGGUGCAAUAUGGAGUUUCCGGUGGCGAUUUCCCCGUUUCUGAUGCUCGCCUACACGGAAGAAAUCAAUCAGAUAGGCUUUCAAAGAGCUGGAUAUUCCUCGGGUGGAGGCAUUCUGUCCCUGAGCUGUGAUCUCGCCCGAGACUUCGAUGAAUUGAUCUACGAAGUUUUCUACUUUGACUUCCCCGAGAACGACGUCUCGGAAUCUACCUAUUUUUCCAACUUGGAAGUAUUUGUUACUGCCGAAGAAAUCCGCGCUCGGGGUGUCAAGGCGAUGGAGAUAACGACAUAUGUGCGACCCGAGGUCUUAUUCAACGCAUUUCCUGGCAUGGGAAUGAUUUACGCCGUCUUGGUGACCCGAAAAUCGAAUUUGACCCGAACUGCUGCUUAUGCUCCCAUCGUAACCUACUCGUGUCGUCCGUUUUCGAAUGGCGGCGAGGAUUGUAACGCUGUCGAUACUGUGUUCAGCUGGAUUCUUUGUGCCUUGGCGAUUUUUUGCGGAACCCUGUUGCUGUUGAGAGGACACAGGUUCUUCAAGACGCAGCUGUUUUUGAUGGCGUUUGCUGGCUUUUCCUUCAUGGGCUACAUUUUCUUCCGGAAUUUCAUAUUUCCGGAUCAUACCGCCAAUUAUUCUGCGAUGAGACUGGACCUGAAUUACUGGGCUGUGUUUGCGUCGCUGGCGUUGGUCGUCCCGAUCGUGCUGUCCUUCAAUGCCAAAAUGUUGAGCAUCGUUUCCAGCUCGGUCGUUGGAUCAUUUUCCAUAGUGUCAGCCUUUGACCGGUACAUGGGCGGAGCUUUGGUUUUCGCCAUCAUCAACGUGGUGCGGAGAGCCGUCAUCCCGGAAUUUGCACAGGCUUACAUUGUCUGGCCAAUUCAGUUGACGGACGUGCUCCUUCUGGGAACCUGGAGCCUCCUCGCUGUCCUCGGCAUCGCCAUCCAGGCCUACUUCGAGACCGGACGCCCUCCGUUCCCGCCGACCAACGCGGGCUUUGAGAACUCGGGCCAGCAGUCGGGAUUCUCGUCGGAGCGGUCGGGCCUGUUGCCGGACCGGGAACGACUCUUGUUCCCCGACUACGAGAGCUCGCGGCCGGCGAGUGCCGCCAGCAGCGUGGCGGCCAAGUUGCGGCGGUCGCGCGGGAGUCGAGCGGUGCUGGGCGAAGACGUGUCGGCGUCCGAGUCGGGCGCCGAUGACCCGCCGCCGCCGUAUUUUGCCGGGCGGGGCCAGGAUCCGAUGACGACGACGCGGGCGGGGUCGGAGUCGCCUGCCUUUUCGCGAUGA